GACAAAUCUUUCUUUAGACAUAGACAAAUACCCGAGAGAUCUGUUACGAGGUUUCAUGUCUGAAAACGGCGGUGGAAGAGCCUUUCACGGUGGAGAAUCAGGCUGUGAUGAUGAGAGUGCCAUUGAGCUGAAUCUUGGUUUGUCUUUAGGAGGUCGAUUCGGAGUAGACAAGACUCCGAGGAAGCUGAAACGAUCUUCUUCUGUUUUGGACACUGUACCAUUCAACGAUUUAACGGUGGCUGAGCCUGAGAAUUACACGGUGGGUUUAGAGAGAACGACGUCGUUACCGGCGGAGAUGGAAGAGGAAUGGAGGAAAAGGAAAGAGAUGCAGUCACUGAGGAGAAUGGAAGCUAAGAGAAGGAGAUGUGAGAAACAGAGUUUCAGAGUUGGGAAUUCUGAUGACCAAACGGUGUCGUUUGAGAAUGAGAGAUGGGUUACUGCGAGUAAAAGUGGCUUCUUGCAGAGACAUUUGGUUUCUUCUAAUAGACAAGUGUGUGGUGUUGAUUCCGAUGGAGGAGGUGGAACUGGAGGAGGUAGCUCAUCGAGCUUGUCGGAACUAGACAACAAGAAUCAGCAAGGAUCAUCUAACAGCUGCAAUGAUGAAAGAAGCCCGAAGAUCGUGGCAGGAUGUUCAUCGAACAGCGGAAGCCAGGGAACAGAGAAACCGAGUGUGACUAGAGCCAACAAAGUGAAUGAGAAUGAGAAAGGAGUGAGAAGAGAGGACUCGGUGGAUAGGAAAGGAAAAGGGAUGGCUACGUCUACUGGUUUGGUUGACAUGCCUUGUGUGUUUACGAAAGGGGUCGGGCCAAACGGAAGACGGGUUGACGGGAUUUUGUACAAGUAUGGAAAAGGAGAGGAAGUGAGGAUAAUGUGCAUUUGCCACGGUAGUUUCUUGACACCAGCUGAGUUUGUUAAACACGGUGGCGGAGGAGAUGUGGAUCGUCCUCUACGGCAUAUCGUUGUCAACACUUCUUCUUCGACCUUUUAAAUAGAAGAAUCGGUAAAGAAACCGGAGGUCUUUUGUUCUUUGUUUCAUUUUUCUUGUUGUUUUAUCUUUUGGAUCUCUAGUUUUUGGCUAUAAGAAUGAAUGCCAAAUCUCAGU